AUGCAAUUUUUCAAGAUCUUGCUUGAAUUCAUUUACAAGUGUAAUUUUUGGGGUAUAAUUGGGUUAACACCUUAUCAAAUCGUGGUAAUUGCUUCUGGUGCUCUUAAUGCUGCUGCUGCUGACAAGAACUAUGACUUGGAAGCAUGGUUUCCUGCAUCUCAGACUUACAGAGAAUUGUUGUCGUGCUCGAAUUCUACAGAUUUACAAAUCGAGGCGACUCGAAAUCAGAUAUGGCGGAAAAAGGCAGAACAAUACGUUCAUCUGUUGAACUCGACCAUUACAGCAACAAAAAGGACCAUGUGCUGCAUAGUCGAGAAUUACCAGAAGGAAGAUGGUGUUUCUUGUGACAUGGACACCUACGACCGGCUACCUUUCGCUGGAAACAUCAAUUUGAUACUCAUGGUCUGGGACUCGCCAGCAUUUCAUAAGCGAUCUCCAUUCUCAACUAUCGAUGUCAAAUAA